CAUUAAAUUCGUAGACUCGGUGCGAAAUUCGGGUGAAAGAACCUCGAGGACCGAAUAGAGGUCAAGCGGAAAGAGAAAGAAAAUAUUAACGGUCGGAGGGAAACCGACCUACUUUUUGUUUCGUAGCGGAUAGUGCUCACUAUCGGUUCUCAAGUCAUUUGACAAAUUACCGGUGCGUCGUGCUUAUCGCGAAUUAAUACAUAUAUAAAUUUUUCAGUUUUGUUAUUACUCAAGUAAAGUAUAAAGGAUUGAUGUACUUCACCGCUUCAUCACAGUUGAGUAGGAAAUACUUAUUCGGGUUAAAAACAGCUGUGUACGUUUAUCGUACGUUAGCGAAUCAAUCAACUUUGAAUUGGAUAUUAUUUUAUAAUAAGUGUCAGAGUCUGUACAGUGUGACAUGUUGCGAACGUGAUACGCCUUGUAUUUGUACUUGGAAUUGUUUUACACGUAGCCAAAGAAAGAAUUAAUCAUGCCGAAGUACCAAUUGCUGGAUGCUGCGAGGACCGAAGAGAUAUUAAAGCUCUUCGAUGGUCAGAGAACUGGCUGGGUUCAGGUUGGAGAGAAGAAAUGGUUCUUCCCGUAUAAAUAUGUCGAGCAAGGAGAAAAAUUCUUCAAUUUUCGAGCCAAGCCCGAUGACACGUGGGUUCUGUCGUAUCCAAGAUCUGGUACUACCUGGACCCAGGAAAUGGUGUGGCUGCUGUCCAAUGAUAUGGACUUCGAAACAGCUAAAACUAUUCAGCUGAAUACACGAUUCCCUUUCUUGGAGUUCAGCAUGUUCGUUCACGAUGAAUUGAUGAAGGAGUUCCUGGAGAUGAACAACGGUGAUCCAAUUAAACAAAAGUUUUGUAGGGACAUGGCGAAGCCUGGUUACGAAGAGGUUGCAAGGUUACCGUCCCCUAGGUUCAUUAAAUCCCAUUUUCCAUUUAGCUUGCUGCCUGGUAUUUUGGACAGUGGCUGCAAGAUUGUUUAUGUUGCUCGCAAUCCAAGAGACGUGGCUGUGUCCUGGUAUUUUUUGAAUAGAAGUUUCAAGACCCAAGGAUACGUGGGUGACUUUCCAACGUUUUGGGAAUAUUUUCGGAACGAUCUAACUUGGAGUCCAUACUGGGAACACUUGAAGGAAGCCUGGGAACAAAGACAUCAUCCUAAUGUAUUGUUCAUGUUCUAUGAAGAAAUGCACGAGGACUUUAUCAAAGCUAUUAAAAAAGUAGCAGCUUUCUUAGGGAAGUCGUAUCCUGACGAGAAGAUAUCACAGUUGGUGCAAUAUUUGGAUAUAAAAAUCUUCCGAGAGAAUAAAAUGGUGAAUUGUUAUGAGAUGAAGGAGUGCGGUAUCAUGCACAAUGGCACCUUCAUCAGGAAAGGAGGUAACGGAGGCUGGAAAGACUGGUUCAACACCCCGGAGCUGGAAAACUCAGCGAACAAGUGGAUCGAAGAUAACCUAAAAGACACAAGUUUGCGGUUCCCUUGUGUGAAUAAUAAUGAAUAAGCGUUAAUUAUCCUAAGCUAAAUUUAUUAGUCUUACCAAUAAUUCUUACAUAUAAUACAGUAGAUUAGGUAAGGGAGAUAUACAUUUUAAGAUUUACCUUUGAA